AUGAAACUCUUGAUCGCCCUCAUCGCACUCCUCACAGCCUCUGUCAAAGGCGUCAACAUUCUUUUCUUUGCUGGGGAUGGCGUGUGCGAUACCAGCAAUGACGACUUUCUAGUUUGCUCCGACCUACCCCAGCACAGAUGUUGCCAGUCGCCGCAGAAGAGCUUCUGCGGAACUUCUAUCCUCGAACACAUCAGCGGCACCACCGACCACUACGUGAUGGCUGAAGGGUUUUGUGACAAGAACGGCAACUACACUUCCACUCGAGACUAUACCGGCUUGAGCAACUGUAUCAGCAUUCCCACCGACGAUGCUAGUGACCGGUGUUCAUCAUACUGGGAGUCGGUCGCGGAUCAGGAUGGGGUUUCGGGAGGAGGGGACCACAGCAUGGAUUGCCAGGAGCCGGACAGGAUGGCAUACCACGACGGGACGGCGAUGAGGCAGAUUCACUUGCCUGACGGUACGUUUUGGGAUGCGAUGAAGUACUACCAGGAAAAGAACUACGGCGAGUUGGCGGCUUUUCCAGCUUGGAACGGCUCGGACACCAAAAUCGAUGGUUAG